AUGUCAACGACCACUGUUUCCACAUUCCGUGAAGGGUGGCUCUACAAGCUCAGCUGGCUGAACAUUCACAAGACAUGGCGAAGACGUUACUUUGUGCUCAAGGAUAAUGAACUACGUUACUAUAAGCAACCUAACGAUGUGAAACCGGCGGGUGUCAUUGAGCUGAAACACUAUCGAAAAGUGAGCAAGCACCCAGUCAAGCAGUCGCCGUAUGCUUUUCGAAUUGAAUCAAGAUGCAGGCAUCAUUUGAACCAACUACUAUACGCAGAGAAUGGGAUGGAAGGACAAGUGUGGAUGGAAAUGAUUCAAGCACACCUUGAUAAGCAUCUUCAAGCUCAACAUCAGUGUGGUGGUGUUGGAUCAUCAUCGUCAACUUAUCACAAUACCAGCAUGACAUCGAUUGACCAAAACUUGAUCUCCAGCAGCAGCAGCAACAACAACAAUGAUAAUGACAACAAUGAUAGCGUACUUGAUAAGUGGCUGGAAAGAUUGGAUCUUCAAGAUGAGAAACCCAACCAUAGCAGCGAGGAGCUGGCUCCUUAUCAGCAACAUGAUGCAUCCUCUGUCACUUCAUCCUCCUCGUCAUUUUCAUCUUCACGUCGUCCAGUAUCAUUAUCUUUUGCACUUGGAUACCAGUCAAACGAUUCGCUCGAUACCAUUGGCAGCAAUAGUGUCAUUGCUUCCUCAACUUACGAUAACUAUUCACCAGCACAACCACCCAGCAACAGUAUCCAUAGCAACAACAACAACAAUAUCAAUACUACCACCACAUCAUCAUUGCCUUUAUCACCUGCCUUAUCUACUUACAGCAGUAACGAUACCCAGCGUCCUUCGUCUGCGUUGCUGGCCAAUGCCUUUUCACAAAAUGCUCAAACUCGUUUGCGUCGUCGAUUGACUACCACCUCGGAUAGGAUGGUAUCAUGUCGUCGUCAGCUGCAACAUCGUUCACCUCCCUUAUCACCACAAUCAUUGGAUACAUCAGCAACAACGAUGCGACGUCGAGACAAUAAUGUUGAACAAUCAUCACCAUCUACAGUAUCAGCAGUGGAUCUCUUCCAUUUUGAGCAUGAAGAUCGACCUCCUCGUUACGCGCGUUAUUCGAUGGAUGCUCUCAUGAUGCCACCAAGGCACCCUCCACCAACAACCCCUCUUCCUCCUCCACCCCCUACUACUACUACAACUGCUACUGUUCCUCCUCGUCGUUUCUCUACGCAUAGUAGUGCAAGAUAUUAA